AUGGCCACUUCCGGUCCGAUCCUGCUCGCUAUUUUCCUGCUCGGCGCCACCCUCACUUCCGCCCAGCAGAUCCUGGAAAACGAAAGGGAGGGGGAGGCAGUGCGAAGCGUGCGAUUACUGGAUCGAUUCGAUAACCGAUACCCCGACGGGAGUUACGAGUAUCGAUUCGAGUUGGACGACGGAACGGCGCGAUACGAGCGGGGAUAUUUCGCCAAGAUCAACGAGGUGAAGACCCUAAUGGUCGUGGGCUAUUACGCCUAUCGCAUGACCGACGGCCGAUACAUCACCGUGUUCUACAAUGCCGAUCAAUUUGGCUAUCGGCAGAAUCAAUCAAUCACGCCGCAAGUGUAUCCCAACCUGCCGCGCUCCAUCGAGGUGCCCAUGUCCAGCUCCGAUCCCGAUCCCGUUUCCAGUUCCACCUCCAGCUUCAGCUCCAGCUUCAAUUCCAAGUCCCAGUCCCAGUCCCGGUCGGAGGCCCAUGGAAACCCAAGCCCCUCCAUAACGACCACAACGCCCCGGGGGGCGGGGACGAAUCGCAGGGGCCGCUACUGAGGCUACUGAGACCCCGUAAUUGCACACCAUCCUCAUUAUUAUUAUGGCUCCUUUCAUCGUUUUUUUUUUUUUUAAUUUUUG